ACAAAUUUGGAGGCAUUUUCUAACAAAAAUCAUUCCGGCUACAAUUUUUAAUCAAAUUUUCAAAGUUUUUAAUUAAAAAUAAAUAUUUUUGUAUCAAAUUUCUACUAAAAAACAUCACAAACUACUAAAAAAUAGUCAAAAAUGAGUGAAACGUACAUUACUUGUCCCUACAAUCCUUCACAUCAAAUCUUGCCGCACAGAUAUGCUGUUCACAUCACGAAAUGCGCAGUCCAACAUCCCGAUAUAAAACUUUUAAUCUGCCCAUUUAACUCGAAACAUCGAUUGCGAGAGGAAGAAAUGGCGAAACAUAAAAUUGAGUGUCCAGAUCGUGUAACUUUUGAAAAGAAAAUGAAUCCAAUCGACGUCGGGGCAAGUCGUCAUGAUGAUUUUGCUUCAAGAUCUCGUUCUCGUUCACGUUCUCCUUUGAAUAAAGACAGCGACGAGGACAAUUGGGAUGAUGAAGUUGGUUCAAAGCCUUCUUUUCAUGCGGAAAAUACAAAACUUGGGGGUUUGCGAAAGAAAAAUUAAAUUUUUUAGGAGAUUUUUGUUGAAAAUUUAAAUUUUAAGUCUAAAAAAAUCGAUUUAUUUUACGAAUCAUUGUGGGAGAUGUCAAACCUUAUCUUAAAUUAAUUAAAAAAUAAAAAU